GACCCUCUUGCCCACUCCCAGCUUAUAUAAAGCUAAGAGGCUAGACUAUAAACAUAUUCCAUCUCAAGAAGGCAGUGGACAGAAAGGAGUCGUUCAGGAUGGGUUCUCUACAAAUGAUCUUUGCUUCAGCUCUCUUCUAUGCAUUACUACUAACUGGCGAAUGCAUCACAGGAGGUAAUGAAGCUGCACCACACUCCCGUCCCUACAUGGCUUCACUGCAGCUGGAAGGCAAACACAAUUGUGGUGGGUUUCUGAUCUCCAGUCAGUGGGUUAUGAGUGCUGCACACUGUUUCCAGGAUGGCAAUAAUUAUAAGGUGGUGUUGGGUGCUCAUUCCCUAUCUCAGGCAGAGGACACAAAACAAACUUUUGAUAUGGCUGCUGUCUAUAACCAUCCUGAUUUCAAGAUUGAGAACUACGAUAAUGAUAUUGCCUUGGUCAAGCUAAAUCAGCCAGUCACAGAGUCUGAUGCAGUGAAGCCUCUGAAGUUCCAGAGAGCAGGAGGGAGUGAUCCUGGUACAGAUGCUGCUGUGGAAACUGCAGGGUGGGGCUCACUAAACAACCUGGGCAGCCGGCCAGACAAACUGCACGAGGUGACUGUUGCUGUUAUAAGGAGACAGUUCUGUGGUCGCAGUAACUCCUAUGGGGAAUCCUUUACGACAAAUAUGCUCUGUGCUGGCAAACCACGCAAGGACACCUGCGAUGGUGAUUCUGGUGGUCCUCUGAUCUAUAAGGGCAUUGCUGUGGGAAUAACCUCAAAUGGAGGGAGGAAAUGUGGUUCCACCAGGAAGCCUGGUCUCUACACCAUUAUAUCGCAUUAUGACGAUUGGAUCACCCGCACUAUGACCCAGUAACAAGUCUGCAGUCUGACUCACAAAAUGAGCAAAUCAUAUUAUUGCUUGUAGGCCCCAUCUUACUCUAACUUCGAGGCAUAUUAACUUUCAUCUCACCUAUCCAACUUAUCUACAGGCUUUAUUGUAGUGUGUGGUCUUUUGCUUGUUGUGAUGAACACUCUGAAGUCACACUGGUCACAGAGGUAUGCACCACUCUAGUCUUUCAGGGUGUGACAGGCAUAUUUGCUCUAGCUCACCAGUAUACAGUGCACAGUAUUCACAUUGUUCUUUUUGAAAGUUAAACAGUUAAUUUUGACAUGACUAAUAUUAUGUAUAAGUAUAAUGGGUUUAUUCAGAUUUUAUACCAGAAUUGGAAAUUUAUUGGUUAUGCUGCAAUACAACAGUAGAUUCCAGAUUACAUUCUUCUUGUAGCAUCAACUCUAAACAUUUUGCUAGCUCUCUUUUGGCAUAAACUUUAUGUUACAAAUGUGAAAUGACCCCUUCAUGGGCAUUUACCCCAUACACCAACAUACAUAGUUGUCUACAUCUUUGUAGACAUUCGUUUUCUAAAGUGUUUAUUAUGUUUUAAUAACGUGUCUUGUCUUGUAUUCUGAUUUAUAUAUGAGUUAUACAAUUAUGCUUGGGUAUUUUUAUAAUAAUUUUUUGAAAGGCCAUAACACUCCUAUCAAAAUAAAUGUUUACUAUGAAUUAGCAUUUUUUAAAUCAGGACAUACCUUUUUAUGUUGCAUUUGUAAGAUAUCAGGUCUGCCAAAUAACUAAAGAAAUAGGCAAAUACGAAAGGGAUAACCACAUGGAUAAGUGCAGCAAUAUAAGUAAAUGGCUUAAUACAUCAUGAAAUACACAUUAAUAAAUGUUUUAUUUUUAAUUAUUAUUACUAUAAUAAUACUACUUUAUAAUAAUAAUACUUUAUUAUUACCUGUUUUUGAUAUAUGCAUAUAUACUUUAUGCUAUGUACUUCUGUUUCUAUUUUCUUUUCCUUUGUAAAGUGCCUUGAGAGAUCUUUUUAAAGGUGCUAUAUAUAAAAUAAAGUUUUAUUAUUAUUAUAAA